GAGUUUCUCCCUGAAUGAGACCAAAAAGAAGCUCUAGAAACGUCCAGCUCGAGGUUGCCUCCUGCUGCUGCUGCGUCACAGCAUUGAAACGAGGAGGGCAGACGCGCGAGUCUCUGAACGAGAUUAGCUACGGAUAUUUUGUUUGUUUUGCUGAUAUAUCUCACCGUUUUACGAAAUACGGAAAAUCACACGGAACGGUGCUCCAGGGAAAUACGGGGAUCGGGGAGCUAAGAAUAAGAUAGUUACGAGAUGCUGCCAGCAACUACGAAGUGGUAUGAUAGGCGGGACUGUGUUGUUAUUGAGUUUUGUGUCGAAGACAGUAAAGAUGUCAAGGUGAAAUUUGAGAAAUCAAAGGUGAAUUUUAUCUGUCUUGGUGGAACAGAUGGACACAAACAUCAAAAUGAGAUUGACCUUUUUGAAGUUAUUGAUCCAAAUGAAUCCAAGCACAAACGGACGGAUAGAUCUGUACUGUGUUAUUUACGAAAAGUUGAAUCUGGGAAGUCCUGGCCAAGGUUAACAAAAGACAAGGCAAAACUAAAUUGGCUUGGUGUUGAUUUUAAUAACUGGAAGGACUGGGAAGAUGAUUCAGAUGAAGAACUUUCUAGUUUUGACCGUUUCUCAGAGAUGAUGAACAACAUGGGGGGGGAAGACGAACUGCCCGAUGUGGAUGGUGCAGAUGAAGAUGAAUAUGUGGACAGUGAUGAUGAAAAAAUGCCUGACCUUGAAUGAAGAUGGGAUUCCUUAUUACUGCUGGAAGAAUUUUUUUAUCUGAAGAACAAACUAUAGGCAAAAGCUAGUAAACCAUUGCACUUUUUAGAAGUUUACAGCAGUCGUAAAAUAGCUUCACCGAGUGUGGAUAUGCAAACCUAUACAACCCUGUCUUUGGCCAUUGACAGUUCAGUGCUUUAUUGUUAAUCUGCAAGGACUGUUUCCAGGAUGUCCAUCAACCAAAAAGCACCAGUUUUGAUGAAACAAAAAGACAGAUUAGUCUGAAGCUGAGUUAUCCAUAAAUUAAGCCUCACCCCCUGUGUAGUAGUGACACAAUGGCAGCAGCAAGCAUUAUAGUCUUUAGUAAACUGUUAAUUUUCUAAACUGAUUUUUUUUUUUUGUAACGUUCACUCUAUGUUUCCAGUAAUUGCAGCUGUGAAGCAGGUUUUUAAGUAUUUUUUUCCUGCUUUUGUUAAGUUACAAAUAGUCUUCUGAGAAAUGUUAGUAUUUCACUAUUUUGGUAUUUAAAGUGAAUUGGUAUUACUUUUAGGGGAGAUGUUUGCAGUCUUUCAUGAUAAACGCCUUUCACAGUUGCGUUUAUGACAGGCUAUUUAUUUUGCUUUUUUGUAACUUUUUUAAAACAUGACAUUUUUAGUUACAUUUUAUUACUCAAGGAAAAACAGGGGGGGUAUCCCAUCAAUAUCGCUAAACUAAUCUGUGCUUAACUGAAUUAGCUUGUUUUGAAUUAGUGUUGAUUCCCACUGAAAUGUCAAGCCAUUCUAUGAAAACAAAUUGGCCACAACUUGUUCAUGUUAACUCAAGCCAUGAUUGUUGAAGCCCUUGUCGUGCAUUUAUGCAGCCCUGAACCGACGAUUGUCGAUAUGAACAGUGAUAUCACAAAAAGAAGGCGAAACGAGAGCAGUGAUCAAUCCCCACAGGCAAGCAAACGCUGCUUAUGUAGAUAUGUGGAUUACAAGGAUGUAAUCGCAGGAAAUAAGGUAACACUACUAUUAAUAAGGCAAGUGAGGUGACAUGGAAAGAUUCCAGCUAAAUGUGUAAGUAGCUGUUCCUGUCACUGAACUGGUGAAGCGAAAUUCAUGAAAUUCAGAAAUGCAUAUAGCACAGGUAAAAUGUUACGGACUUUUUCAUUGAGUGCUAUAGUAAAAGAACAAUAUACAAUCAUAUUUCAUACUAAGUCGCAUCCUGUGCUUGGUGGUCUCUGAGGAGGUGGUGCCCAGAUCCCCAUAUAGUUAAUCCAACCCUUUUGGUUUUGUUGUAAAAAGGAUCUUCCUCACUGAUAAUGCUGUAUCGGCUAAAUAGGCUACAGAUUUUUUUCCUCCUCAUCGUACGCUGACACAUGUAGGUCACUUUAGAAGUGUCCCAUACUAUAGCAACGUCUGUCCUAUUUUCUAAAAUAAUCAUGACAGGUCAACACGCGUGUGUGGAGCGUGUGCUUCGACGUCGAGUCAAAAUAGGGGGGAAAAAACUGCCGGUUUUACGGGAUUUCGUUUCUGCCGGGUGGGACUCAUUUGCCACAAAGCUAGACUAUGUUUGGAGUUGACCUGCUACAAAGCUGCUACUUAAUAUAAUGAUAUUGAUCAAAAUAAACCAGGCUUUUCAUUUUGCGAUCUUGAAGGAAUAAACCCCAGGUAUGAAGAAAGUAAUUCCACAGGUAAACAAAGUGGUGCACAAAUGCAAAAAGAAACCUGAUAUUUGUGUGACCCAUGAACAACUUCAAAUUUUUUGAAUUUGCUGUACUUUUUUUUGUCAAUCUUAAAGUAGAAGGAAAUUAAAACAAGUAAUUUUACUCUGGACUUUAGUUUGACAGGUGCAGUGUUUUUGUCUUUCUAAUAAAAUGUAAAUAUAUUUGCUUUCAUGCACUAUGCCCGUUUUAAAAUGGUCUUUCAGCUUGUGUGUGAGGGCAUUGUUACAUUAUAUAACAAUAUGGAAGAAGUUUAAAAAAAAAAACAAUUGAUUAAAGGGGUAUCAGCCCUUUUACAGAGCUAACCGAAACUCUUGGGACACGUGUUUAAUUAAAAAAUGUGGCAAAUUUA